CUCGAGUGAUAACAUGGCAGACUUGAAUUUUGAUGAAAAGGAGGAUAUUGAACUUAAAAAGAGAGAACAGAAUGAAAAUAUAUCCAAGAUUGAGGAUGAUUCUGAUGAAGUAUAAAUCGAUAUUUAGAAAACUAUAAGAAAGUUUUAGAUUCUUAAUAAAAAUUUAUAUGAGGAUAAACAAGAUAGUAAAUCUAGGUGUAGUUUAUAAUUCGAUGAAAUUAGGGUGAACUCAAGGUAGAGAGGCAAUAUUUAGUCCUAAAUUUCGGCAAAUGAUAUCUUAUCGAUUAAUUGUUAAUAGCAUAGUCAAACCAAAAGCAUCCAGAACUUUUUGCAAUUUCACUCGAUAAACAAAUUAAGCUAACUGAAACUUGUUUAAACAAAUUAUAAUAUGCUCAUUUAAGAGUCAAGACCUAGUCCAAAACCUUCUAAACAGGAGAACAGACUCUUAGGGGAAACUUCUCAUCAUAUUCACAUUGCAGGUUUCAAGAAAAGUCCAGAGGAGCUCUGCAAAUAUACCAUUUUUCCAAUGAUGAAUAACAAGGAUGUGAACCUCCCAAAGGUCAGAGGGGUUGAACAAAAUCCUGGAAAGGAAAAGACUAAAGAUGACAUUAAGCCAACUGCAAUGGAUUCUCACGAGGUCAUUUAUGAGAAUCUAGAUGCUGAUUUUCAGAAGAGCUCAUAUAAGACUUUUACAGUUCUGAACUGCUGAAUUACCGGAGAUAUUAGCUGAAAUGAGAUGAGAAUACAUGAGAAUGAUCUCAGAGGAAAGAAAAUAAUCCAAGAUACGAACAUUGAUACUAAAUUAAGUAUCGUAUGUCCAGAAGCUGAAUUAUAUUUUAUCCCAAUUGAGACAUCAAGUGACCCUCAAAAAGGCAAAAACGAAUUAUUGUGAAAGGAAAAAUCAAAAAUUGAUCUUAAGAGCAAUACAUCAAGCAGUUCUAUUUCAAAACCUCAUCGAAUGAUGCUAAACAAGACCUUUUUAUAUCCAAACCGCUCUUUCAAUUCGAAUCGCCAUCCAACUCCUAAAGCCUUCACUUCCUCUCUACAACGUUCCUUUACUAAGGCCAACAACAUCGUCAGAGCAAAGAAUGUUUUAGAAGAGUUAAAAGAAGAAGACUGCGAUGAUGAUGAUUUCUAUUCAAAAGGAAAUCUAAAAAAUUUGCUAACAUAGCCCCAAUAAUAACUUCCUACACUCAAAAAUUU